AUGGCCUUACGCUUUCAAGGCUUGGGCAGGAUCCUGAAGCUGCGAAGCCGUCAUGCGUCGACAGUCAGCCUGGUCGCUCAGAGCGGCGUGCGAUCGCCACGGGCUUCACUUCUGGACAUGGAGCUCCAGCGCUGUGUGGAUGGAGCGGCCGUGCUCCGUGUUGGUGCGCAGACCCAGAUGCAACUCACGUUUGCUGACCUCGCCUCCUGCCUUACACGCUUGCGAGAACUCAAGAAGAUGCCUGCGUCGGGAAGCGACCUUCGCCAGUUCCUCGAGAAGGUCGAUGCAGUGCUGCCGAGCUUUGGCCCCGAGGGUGCGCACAUGGCACUCACAGCGUUUGCGCAGCUACGCUGCCGCCAGGGUGCUAUUUCUUCAUGGCCCCUCUUGAUGAAGCACCGCGGCGAACUUCCCCCAUCCUGCCUUGCAGAAGGCGUCUGGGCAGCAUCUGGCAUCCCAAGCCCGCCUCGAGAGGUCGUCUAUGAGGCCGUGGGCUUGGCUCGUGAGGUUGGUCCGCACAUGAAGAAGCUACCCGACGAGGCGCUCUAUCGCUGCAUUUAUGGCCUCGCUCGCAUUCACACCGGCCGGGGCUCCACGGAACUCCUGCGACGUGCGGAAGACUCGGUGACACAGGCGCUGGGAAAAAGGCCUUGUCCCUUUGCCCCGCGCCAGUUGGUGAGACUCUGUUGGGCCAUGGCUCGUUUGGGCUGUCGAGACAACCGGAUCUUUGAGGGGAUCGAAAAUCGCAUCGCGGACGUUUUGAAUCACUUGGAGGUGAAGGAGCUGGAGGCCUUAUACGGGAUCCUUACAGAGCUGAAGCUGGUCCGGCAAUGGAAGCUGAUCCACGAUGUGGAGCGGGCCUUAGCGUCCCGAGAGGACGAGGCGGCUUCCUCCAACAAAUCUGCGAGACGAAAGCCUUUCCGUCGCCGCUGGACACGGGCCGACCUCAUGCACUCAGUGCUGCAGCGGAAGUGA